AUGGCAGAGUUUCCAGGAUAUUUUCGUUACUGCUUGAACACAGGAAAACUUGUUCUUCUAGCAAUUUUGGUCUCUGGAGGAAUUGUCUUGCAGAUUUUGGCAUGUGCCUUGUAUAAAAAUUGGUGGCCAAUGCUAACUGUGAUAACAUAUGUCCUUCUACCAAUGCCUUUGCUCUUCUUUGUGGGAUCCGACCAUUCUUCUUUAUUUUCUGAAUCAGAUAACAGCUGGGUGAAUGCAACCAAGUUCUUAACCGGGGCAUCAGCUGUUGGAAGCAUUGCCAUUCCAGCCAUAUUAAAGCAUUCUGGUGUUAUCAGUUGGGGAGCUUUUGCAAUGGAACUCUCUUCAUUCUUUGUGUUUGUAUCUGCCAUAAUGUGUUACUUAAGGAUGAAUGAUGAAGAUGAUUAUAGUUAUCUUUAA